UAACCAGUUAAUAUAAUCAAUCUUACUAUAUAUGAAAUAUUACAUAUUUAAACAAACUUAGUUUAUAUACAUUAUUACCUUUUUCCUCUUAUAAAACCAACGAAUUUCAACAAAGCACAUUCUUGUUAAAUAUGAUAAUACAUACAUAAUAUACAAACAUUUAUAAGAAACAAUAUCUGACAUAUCCAUUUGUUAUUAUGUGGGUGAACAAAAAAUACUAAUAAAAACACCUGUCAUGCACCAAAAACGUCACAUUACACAAAAAAUCCUCCUAUUUCAUUUGACCCAUUUAUAAUUUAUAAAAUAAACCAUUAUUGUCUCCUCUCCAAAUCAGUCCAUAGCUCUAUAUAAUCUCCUCUCCUCAACAUUAUUUUCCAUCAAAAAUACUUUUCUCACAUAAACAUUUAUAUCAAACACACAAAAUUAUCAUACAAUAUGGUGAAACAAGAACGUAAGAUCCAAGUUACCACUUCGUCAUCGUCAGUGCCUCAAUCUUCUUCUUCUUCUACUUCUUCCUCGUUGGCAUUGCAUCAUCAAUCUUGCAAGGACAAGAUAAGGAAAUACAAAGGAGUGAGAAUGAGAAGCUGGGGAUCAUGGGUUUCUGAGAUUAGGGCACCAAAUCAAAAGACAAGAAUCUGGUUAGGUUCUUACUCAACCGCAGAAGCAGCUGCUAGGGCUUAUGAUGCUGCUCUCUUGUGUCUUAAAGGUCCUAAAGCCAAUCUCAACUUCCCACACAUCAAUACUACUUCUCAGUUUCUUAUUGACAUCGAUGAAAAGACCCCUUUGUCCCCCAAAUCCAUCCAAAAGGUCGCCGCUCAAGCAGCUAACUCCAUCUCAUCUGACGUUUUUACCCCUUCCUCCUUCUCCAAUGAUGCUGAUGAUCAUCAUGACGAUGGUAUUCAAAACCAUCCGUCUCCUUCUUCUUCAGCAGCUUCUUCUCCACCAGAUGAUUAUCAUAAUGAUGAUGAUUUAGUAUCGUUAAUGGCAUCAUUCGGGGAUGAACAUGUGUCUUUGAUGGAUCCAUCAUGGUAUGAUCAUAAUGAUAUGUUCUUCAUCAACGGAGCUUUUGAUUACUCUCCACAAUUGAUCAGCUCGAAGACAACGAUGGAUGACUUCUACGACGGUGCUGAUAUUCAGCUUUGGAGUUUCAGUUGAUCCCACGGUCCAUAUUAUUUCUACAAAAACUUUCAUUUCACAUUAUUUCAUUCAAUUUAUUCUUUUAAAUCUAUCAAUUAUCAUUCGUCUUUGUUGUUUCUUCAAGUUGUUUGUUGCUCGAAACGAGUUAACGACAGAUGUAAUUUUAUAUGUUAAAUAUACACACACUAAUUUAAGAUCA